AAUGCAGAGGUUAUGGGUGAACCAUGAGAAUGUGACAUGAAGUUACGUCAUCCCUUUACUGCUUUGUAUCUGUCUCCUCCCCUUUCCUGGUUUUCCUGUAUAACCAGACUACUACGCGAUCAUUCUACACUUUCUCAGCAUGCAGUCUGUACUGAGUUGUUUGGACCUGGGUUCUGCAGGCCUGGCCCUGUUGCUCGGCCUCGUCUCUCUGGUUCUGCUUGAGAUCUUCACUUUGAGGUCCUCGAGGAGCCGCAAUCCUCCUGGACCCACUCCACUGCCCUUUGUUGGGAACCUGCUCCAGUUCAUAAAGGACCCCAUGAACUUUACUAGAUCAACGGUGCUGUACGGUGAUCUGUGUUGCGUGUAUGUGGGCAGGAGGCCGGUAAUCGUACUGAAUAGCGUUGAGAUGGCGAAGGAGGCGCUGGUCCAGAAUGGUACCGUGUUCUCCGGGAGGCCACAAAUGCCUUUAAUAAAGUGGCUGACCAGGGGCUACGGUAUCGUGACUGUCACAUAUGGUCAUGCAUGGAAGCAGCAGCGGCGUUUUGCUCUCCACACACUACGGAACUUUGGUCUGGGUAAAAAAUCGGCGGAGGAGCGAGUGGCAGAGGAAGCCCGCUGUCUGAUCACAGAAAUGCUCAAACAUGAAGGAAAAGCUCUUGACCCCAUGCACCCCAUAAUGAAUGCUGUCUCCAAUAUCAUCUGCUCCAUCAUCUUCGGGGAUCGCUUUGACUAUGAAGACAAGCGUUUUGCUAAGCUCCUGGAAAUCCUGAAUGAAAACGCUCGGCUCUCUGGCUCAGCUGUGGGAUUGAUCUUCAACUUGGUCCCCUUCAUAAGACACCUUCCUGGUCCGCAGCAAAAGGUUCUACAGAAUGCCAACGCUUUAAUAGGGUUCAUUCGUGAGAUGAUGGAGGAUCACAAGAAGACACUCGACUCUGAGAACCUGCGUGACUUUAUUGAUGCAUAUCUGGUGGAAAUAAGAAAGCAAAAGUCAAAUGAAGAUUCAACAUUUCAUGAGGACAACCUGCUGAUGUCCACCGCUGAUCUUUUCCUCGCUGGAACUGAGACCACAGCCACCACUCUCAGAUGGGGUCUGAUCUUCAUGAUGAACCAUCCAGAAAUACAAGAUCGCUGUCAUGAGGAGAUCAUUCGUGUGAUUGGUUACGAUCGUCCCCCGACAAUGGAUGACCGUGCGAGUAUGCCGUACACACUCGCCACUGUGCAUGAGAUCCAGCGCAUUGGGAACAUCGUUCCACUUGGUGUAGUUCACCAAACUACAGGGACAACACAGCUACAAGGAUACACCAUCCCCAAGGGAACUGAGAGCGUACCCAACCUAAUGGCCAUAAUGCAGGAUAAGGAGCACUGGAAAUAUCCAGACACGUUUAACCCUGAGAACUUCCUGGAUGAGAACGGCCAGUUCUGCAAAAAUGACUCAUUUCUGCCUUUUUCCCUGGGUCCGAGGGUGUGUCUCGGUGAAUCCCUUGCAAGGACAGAGCUUUUCAUUUUCUUCACGUCUCUCCUGCAAAAGUUGCAGUUCUCCUGGCCACAUGAUGCCCCGCCCAUUAAUAUGGAUGGCAUCAUGGGUUUGGUCAGGCAACCCUACCCCUUUCAUAUGAUUUGCCGUAGUAGGGAGCGUUCAGUGCCGAGUUCACCAGUAACACUGUAAUAACUUUUGGAUUUUAUUAAUAUUUGUACAUAUAUUUUAAAAUUAUUUCACUAACAUAAAUAAAAAAUGCACAAUAUAAAGAUAAAAACUCA